UCUAUCCUCGCUAAAAAAGUAUGAGUCCUCGUUUGAUCUUCCUCCUCUCGCUGCUGGUAGCGGCGGCUAUGGUGGCCACCGCCCAGCAGUGUGAUCGCAAUCGCCCUUGUGGAGACAACAUGUGUUGCAGCCAAUGGGGCUACUGUGGAUGCUCCGCGGAUUACUGCGGCAAUGGGUGCCAAAGCCAGUGUAACUGGUGUAGCGGAGGCGGCGGAGGAGGAAAUGGCGAGGCAACGUUCUACACGGAAUACGUUCCAUCGGCUUGCUAUGGCUUCGAUCGCGGGCCCUUUCCAGCCGGAAAUUUGAUCGCGGCAGCCAGCCCCGAUAUCUUCAAUGGCCUCUGCGGCGCCUACUUCGAUAUCACUUGCAAGGGCGCGGUCUCUGGCGCUGGAGGAUGCCGGUCGAACGACGCUACAGUCACCGUCCGGGUCGUGGAUCUCUGCCCGGGCUGUCACGCUAAUUCCUUCGAUCUCUCUUACGAAGCCUUCACCCGCAUCGCGAAUCCGGAUGUUGGGCGAAUCCGGAUCUUCUCCCAGAGGAAGAAUGGGGCGGGAAUUGGCCAGGAAUUCAUCGCCCAAGUGGUCGGAUCGACAAACUCCACCCAAGAGCCCAGUAAACGCUGAAUUUUCACUAAUUGGUAAUUUUCUUUUCCAUUUACCUCUAACUCUUAGUAAUUCUUACCUCCACGAAAUGAAAAAGGGUUGGUCCAGGGGGAGAGGGAGAGGGUUGGUUCCUCUAGUGUUUGGUAGGACUACCUCCAUACACCACCCACUUCUUCAAAUUGCUGGAAUAUAUAUUGUAGUUCAAAAGAUUUGUAUAGAAAACUAGAUUAAAAACAAAAUAGUAUUUGUCCACAGUAA